GUCAGUCUGGCUAGUAUUUGUCAUUUAGCCUGGGCACAAGUUCUUGCUCGAUGUAGUGGUCGUGAGGCGGUAGUUUUCGGUACUGUACUACUUGGACGUUUGCAGACUGGCGAAGGAAACAAUGAUAUAAUGGGACCGAUGAUCAACACCCUACCAAUACGAAUAGAUAUUGAUGAGAGGAGUGUCGAAACAGCAGUACGUCAUACCCAUGCCCGAUUGAGUGCGUUGCUAGCACACGAACACGCACCGCUUGUGUUGGCACAACGCUGCAGUGGGUGUCCAACAGGUUUGCCACUAUUCAGCGCAAUACUGAACUAUCGCCAUAAUCAGAAGAGAUGGCAGGACACUGUGUCACUUCCUGGAGUAACUUUCUUAGGUGCUGAAGAGCGAACAAAUUAUCCAUUGGUUCUGUCGGUUGAAGAUGAUGGCGAUUCGCUGGAACUGACGUCACAAGUAAUUUCACCAACGUCAACAGCUCGGAUCUGUGGCUAUAUGCAACAAGCUCUGGAAUCAAUAGCUGAUGCGCUUGCACGAAUAUCUCAUCAACAACUAAGGACAUUAGCAGUAAUUCCACCGGAAGAGCGUACGUUGCUGCUGCAUAACUGGAAUCAAACCACGGUUACCUAUCCACCUGCUCGCUGUCUUCACCAAUUAUUUGAGGCUCAGGUAGAACGCGACGGACAGGCAAUUGCCGUGGAGUGUAAUGGAGAUGUAUUGACUUACGCAGAACUCAACGCACAGGCCAAUCGACUGGCACACCACUUGAUUGUACGAGGCGUCAAACCAGAUGACCGCAUUGCACUCUGCAUCCAACGGAGUACGAAAUUGCCUGUAGCUAUCCUAGGCAUUCUAAAAUCCGGCGGUGCCUAUGUACCUCUCGAUCCGAAAUAUCCCAGUCAUAGGUUGGCCAACAUCCUUCAGGAUUCAGAUCCCUUUUGUGUAUUGACAGAUGUGGUUGGCCGGGUAGCACUAGAAGACCACCAAAUACCAAUCAUAGACAUGGGACAGACUUCACCCGCUGACUUAUGGAUCGAUAAUCCGGAUCUGGCAAAGCUGGGACUUACUCCAGCUCAUUUGGCCUAUAUAAUUUAUACGUCUGGUUCAACGGGAACUCCGAAAGGGGUGAUGGUGGAACAUAGAAAUGCAACGAAUUGUCUUUAUUGUAUCAACGAAAUGUUCACAGCUGAAGAUUUUAGGCACACUUCCUUUUCGACCUCCGUUAAUUUUGAUAUGUCUCUAUACGAAUGUUUCGCACCACUGUCAAUGGGAACAACGUUACAUGUCAUAACACAUGCACUCGCGCUCUCACCAUCGUCGAUCAUUUCGACGCUUAGUACGGUACCUUCGACUGUGACAACGAUACUCGAUGCAGAUUCCUUACCAACGUUGCUAAAUGCUCUUCAUUUGAUAGGAGAGCCGCUAAAAGCCAGCUUAAUCAAACGAAUUCUCACGCACACUCAUGUCAUUGAACUGUGUAAUCUCUAUGGACAGACAGAAACGUGUUUUUUUUCAACAAUGCAUAGAUUUAAACGAUGUGAAGAUGUAGUUGAAACGAUAGGCCGGCCGAUUGCCAACACUCGAAUAUAUCUGCUUAAUGUACAUCACGAGCCAGUCCCACUGGGAGCCGUAGGAGAAUUGUAUAUUGGUGGAGAAAAUUUAGCUCGCGGCUACCUUAACCGUCCUGAGCUUACAGCGAAACGUUUUCUACGAGAUCCAUUCAGCGAUAAUCCAGCAGCACGCAUGUAUCGUACUGGUGAUCGAGCACGUUAUUUACCUGAUG